AUGUUCUCCUUCACUGCUAUUCUCACCGCUGCUUCGGCUACUCUGGUCUCUGCUGGUGCCCUCCCUCGCCGUGGAGCUAGCUCUGCCAGCAUCACUCCUCGCGCUGAGUACUCCAGCAGCAUUGAUGUCAUCGGUUGCAAGAUCGACACUAACCGCGUCGCCUACUGGCCUGAUCUCGUUGGCUGCGACGAUAUCUGCAUCGAGGUCUUCAACGAGGGUCGUUCCCUGUACCUCCUCCGCAUUGGCCAGUCUGGCGGUGACUACGGUAUCUCCAAUGAUGCCUGGAACUACCUCACCCACGGCGAGUCUGCCACCGAGGGUCCCCGUGAGAGUGGUGGCGUUGAUAUGAACUAUGAGGUAGUUAGCGUCUCCAAGUGUGAGAGCCUCAUGACGGACGGCAAGCUGCCGCUCUCUGCCGUCAACAGCAUGAACUACCUCACAUCGUGCCUCAGUCAGCCCGAGAGCUGGGUGGCUCGGAACUAUAACCUCUACAAUAUCAACGACCCCGCUUGCAAAUCCGGUGUCGACGAGAUCUGCCACCUCGACAUCGCCAUCAGCAACCAGCCCGUCUGUGCCAGCGGCCUCGGGAUCGCCGCGGUGCUCAACGGCAACAUAGUCAACAAGUAUUGA